GAGCAGAAUCCCCUCUCCUCAAGGAAGUAUUUAGAGCUGUGUAGUGACAAGCAUAAUAAAUAUGAAAUGCAUUAAAAAUGUUAAUUGGAAAUCCCUAUGAAUUACACUACGUUGGUGAUCAAAUUUUAAAUGGGAAAAUUACAUCAAAACAUAUUUUUGAAGUAUCAGUUGUUAAGAUUUGACAAGAGUAUUUUCCAUGGGCUUUCUUGAUCAGCUGAUUAUUAUCAACUGUUCAACAAAGACCACAUUCAUGGAAUUAAUUUCCUCAUCCAUUGACAAUCCAGUAGUAAUAUUACUAGUAACCCACAUCACCAUUUUUUAAAGUCAAUGAAAGGAAACUUUAAAUUACAAACAUAUUGUUUUAACCAGCCUUUCCAACCAUAUCAAAAACAAGUACUUGCAGAUGCUUUCUUUGGUGACCCUAUAGUAACAUCUACACUACAAGGAAUGUCACUGAACAAUACAUGGGCUCCAGUUGGUGUUACAGCUACAUCAGUUGAUGUGGAACUUGUCCCAUGUUCUGUGACAACCAUGUCUAUGUUUAGUUGCCUGCAGAACUCAUCGAAUGGGAUUGUUAGAGGUGAUGGAUGGCUUAUGCAAUGCCCAUAUGAUGAAAUUGAUAACUACACUGUGACUGAUGAACUAAGAAAUAUGCUAAUAAACAAUGAAUGUCCAAAUUACAAGCUAAUUUCAGAGGAACAUCGUACUGAGUUUUUGUUUCAUCUCUUUAAACACUUGUGCCUUGGAGGACAGUGGUGUCAGUAUGAAGACAACAUAAAACCAUAUCUUAGCACAACAAAACUACUCUAUAAAGAUAUUAUUAGAGUGCAGAAAAAUCCAGCUACAAAAGAAGUGAGUGUAGUUUCCACAGUGCUAAAAGUUGUAGCAAGAGAAAAUGACAGAAUGGCAUACUUUCCAUGUAACCCAGAAAAUGAGCAGAAUUUUGCUUACCUCAUUGUUGAUCCCCUGAAUCAACAGAUUACUACUUUAGUACACCAUUAUGGUGGAACUUUUCAAUGCUAAAAAAUGGAACAUGGAAAAGUUCUACAUACAAACUUGAAGUUUUCAAAUGGUCUGCAAUAUAUCCACAAACUCAUCUCACAAGAGCAAUUUAAAGCACUGUCAUAUGUGUUGUACAUGCAUACACACAUUGCAUUUAUUGUAUAUAAAAUAAAUAUCGUUAAGAGAGUUGUGAUGUCUUGCACUGUGUGUGUGGGAAGCACAUGAGAUAUACUGCUAAUGAACACAGGCAAGUUAUCAGCAUCCAGUGUUCAAUUCCGUGAGUUAAACUAAAUAUAGAAUCUGUAUGUUGUACAAGAAUCUGAAUCCUCCUUUUGAUAUCAUGGCACUGAAGUCUAGAACCAGAAAAUUAUUUUUGUGGAAGAAUGUUACCUAAGGUCAGUUUACAAACAUAAUGCAUACUGGCCCACAGAGAUCUCAGAGUGGAAAUCAUUUUACUACUAUGUUUAAGGCAAAAGGUUGAAGUCAGAUUAUUUUUGUGGUUUUGGAAAAGAUUCAUUGUUGCAUUAAUUUACUUUAAUGUGUCCAACAUUUCAUUUGGUUUUCAGAUUACACAAGAUUUAUUUAUUCAGUCUGUUACCUCAUAUGUAUUAAUGGAAUGACACACCACCAUGAUCUUUGCACGAUUAAAAGUAAGCCUCACAAUGCAAUUUUAUACUAUUCCUUCACUCUGAAAAGAAUCCACAAGAUUGGAGGAAAGAACUACACAACUUGAAGACUUAAAACAUAUAAAUCAUAGUAAAUAAAUGUAGUAAUAAGUAAUGAACCAAUGGAGGGAGGAAUAUGACAUUUGGUAUGAAGAAAAAUUAUAAAAACACCUACAAGUAAUGUGUUUCCUCAUACAGAAAAUAUAAUAAUUUAUAUGUAACAUAUUUACAACUGCAAGCAAUAAGAAAAGAAUGAGAUGUGUAGGAUUCCAACCUAUAAGCAUUUUCUCAAAAGCUUAGCAUGCACACCCAUCAGCUAAAUUACAUUUUGCUUUUAGAAAAUAAGCAUAAAUUUAAACAUAAACAUUAACAACACAAGAUCUGUAGGACUGGAAGGAUGUGCAAUAGGAGAUUAGGUUUUGAUGUCUGUCUGGAACUCUUUUUUUAUCUGGCCUUUUUGUAAAGAAAAUGUUAUGUAUUGUUUAUUGUAUGUUAUGCAAUAUAAAAUAAAAACUGGAAAUGUGUGGAUUAAUUCA